GUGCACCGUCAGCUCUCCAACGUUUGGGCGGUUGUUACGGCACCCCACGAGCACAGUACGAGUACAAGUACGAGUACGAGUACCGUACCGGUACAGUACUGUACUAGCGGCGGCUUGUAGUAUUCCCGGUCGCUUGGGGCUGCUCCCUUCGGGGAAAAGUACCGGUACUGUACUCAAUCUCUUGUAUCCGUGCUCUCCCUUCCCCUCCGAAGAUCCCCCGAAGAUCCUUCUGUGAGAGGCUAUUCCGCUCUUUCCCACAUCCACCCACACCCCCACCUUCCAUCCUAUCCUGUCCUAUCCUUCGAGCCCACUGACUGCCUUGGUUCCCCUCUACCGGCACCUCCUCCUUGCCCGAUCUCUUUUACCCAGAUUUCCCCGUCCUGAGACCUCUCUGAUCCAUUUAUUCCGAGUCUGGCUUGAGUGACCGCAUCGACAAAAAAGGAAAACCACCGAAACUUGGGACAGCAGGCAAACGGCUAAUCAUACCUGCUGCAGGGUGGGAAAAGGAAAGCCGGCCUUCCGCAUCAAAUUCUCGUGAGGACAACAGGACUUGGCCCUUGUGCUAUUGAAAGGGAAAAUAGUGAAAGGGGGAAAGGGAUAAGCUUCCACGAACGUUUGGAGGUCGUGGAGCAUAAAAUUAGAAACACAGCCUAGGCACCAAAGCUCCCAUUACGAUCCAGGAAACGGCCCAGGUCAACAUCAACCAUACGCAAUUGACCCUCCUACUGGAACCCUAAUGGCUCUUCAACAUCAGACUAACGACAAGCUGGGUAAUGGGAGCCAGGAAAGGGAUGCCAUGCCACCCGUUGUUUCCUUCCGCGAGGAAGCAGAAACCGUUCCCACCUUCAUCCUCCCCGACGACCACACUUCGGACGAUCCACCGGGGAUGGGUCAGCGGCUUGACAUCCCCCCUCCUGACUUUCAAGAGUCGUCUCUGCAGCAUCGCAGGUUGAGCCUAUUCGAUUACACACCCUUUUCCUUGCCUCCAUCCAGAGUACGUUUCCCCCACACGCAGCCACACUUGCACCCCCCCUCCACUUGUGCUACCCCUGCAUACGAACCUCCUUGAGCACUGGAGCACGUUUUCGUUGCUUCUGCAGGGCCAAGCGUCGUUCGGGGUUUGCUCAACAAAUAUUGAUCUGUCAUGGAUUCGAAACUGACAAGUCCUUCUGAAAAUUCGCUGUCAUAGGUGCCAACCAUUGAGAGUGUCCUUCCUCCUCUUCCAUCUCCUGCUCCUGAUCCAACCUCCUCUCCUUCUCUUCAGACACCUCAUUCGGAUUCGGAAGCUCCGAUCACUUCAUUGCUAAAACCAAUGCAUUCACCACCGCUCACUCCCGCUUCUACUCAUGACCGGGGUCAGUUCAAGCAUACACGUUCCGAGGAACUUCGGGUGCCCGGAAGCCAAGCACCGAAACCAGCCACGGGGGACCCGGCAACUGUGACUCCGCAAACGUCUCCACCUCGACCUGGGUCCACGAGAACUGCAUUGUCAAGACUGGAUGCGGAGGGUAAUAGCUCAAGACCACAUUCAUCAAGUUCGUCCCAACCUGGCUUGACUGAUGCUGAACCCUCCCGAAGACAUAAUGCAGCCUUCGCCAUCGGACCUCCUGAAGGCUCCGAGUCAUCCUCGCGGGAUAAUAGCCCUUUGGGCACACCUAUAGAGGCCGGAGCUCGCACGCCCAUCUUCCAACCUCCUUCGAGGCCCUUUACUCCAGCCGGCGAACUCGAUGACCCCUACGCUAGAAGUAAACGACCUCCCCAGCCGAAGAAGCUGGAAGAUAUUGAGCCCCGAUUCAAGUUUGGGAAGGGAGGCCGGCAUCACGGUUCGAGUUCGAGUCUUUCCUCGGUUGGCGGAGAAGCUCGAUCGGAUAAAAAGCACCACUCUCAUUUCUCGCUUCACUCACUCGGGAAACAUCAUGACGACAGUUCCACUCUUGGUUUGGGAAGCAGGAAGGGUUCCAUGUCCGAUCUAAAGAGAUUCUUCAGGUCAUCCCAGAAACGGUCUCAGUCACCCGGCGCUAGCUCCAUCCGAAGCUCCAAAUCUUCUGUUAGUCAGGUCUCGUUGACAGCACCGUUUGCCGAUGACCACGGCCUUUCGAAGAAGUAUGGGCGUUUCGGAAAAGUGCUAGGCUCGGGGGCUGGUGGCUCCGUACGUUUAAUGAAGAGAGCCAGCGACGGUGUUACAUUUGCCGUGAAAGAAUUUAGAGCCAGGCACCCGUAUGAGUCUGAGCGGGAAUACGCAAAGAAGGUGACGGCCGAGUUUUGCAUUGGUUCUACUCUACAUCAUGGCAACAUUGUGGAAACACUGGACAUUGUCCAUGAGCGAGGGAAAUGGUACGAGGUUAUGGAAUACUGCCCAUACGACCUCUUCGCAACCGUUAUGACGGGCAAGAUGUCUCGGGAGGAGGUGGCGUGUUGCUUCCUUCAAAUCCUAAGUGGGCUCACCUAUCUUCACAGAAUGGGGCUCGCCCACAGGGACAUGAAGCUGGACAAUGUGGUGAUGAACGAGAAUGGUAUUUUAAAGAUCAUUGACUUCGGGAGUGCCAGUGUUUUCAGAUAUCCCUUUGAGAAUGAUAUCGUCGAAGCCCAUGGUAAUGCCCCGUGCGAAUUCUUAAAUUGCCUUUUCUAAUCCGCCUCUAGGGAUCGUCGGAUCGGAUCCAUAUCUUGCACCAGAGGUAUGCAAUGACCUGAAAUACGAUCCUCAACCCGCCGAUGUCUGGUCUCUCGCUAUUAUAUACUGCUGCAUGACUCUCCGAAGAUUCCCUUGGAAAGCCCCCCGGCAGUCUGAUAACUCAUUCAAAAUGUUCUCGAUGCCCCCGGAGACCCCCAGCGGCUCCAACACCCCGGCCCCACUGCCGACCUCUCGAAAUCAUCAGAAUAGCCGCCCUUCUACCGCUAUUAAUCAAACAGCCUCUAGGGAGUCCUCGAAAGCUUUAGAAGGAACGGUUUCCAACCCGGCUCCUUCUACCGUCCAGGGAUCUGGCCAGCAUAUUAAGGGCCCUCACCGUUUGCUAAGACUGUUGCCACGAGAGUCUCGUCACAUAAUUAGCCGCAUGCUCGACUUGAGUCCCAAAAAGCGAGCCACACUGGAGGAGAUCUGGAACGAUGAGUGGAUUCAAAGCAUAUCGUAUUGUCAGCAGGAGGAAGCUGGAAAGGUCAUCAAAGGGGUGGGGCAUACACAUGUACUAGAGGGACAGUCCGGCGGGAGUAAUGCUAGUACGCGAAAGAGUACAAAGUGAGCGGAUGGCGAGCGCAGGGAAAAAGGAUAAUGGCAUGGGCAUCAGGCUGAGAUGUUAAGCCAUGAAUGUAUUACCGGUAAUUCUUGAUAUGACUCUAAACAAAAGAGGAGCAAUGCUUCCUCCCUUCGACUUGUAAAUCUUCUGUCUGCCGCCCCCCGGUCUUUCUCUCCCGCUCCCUACAACUUUUCUUUUUUGGUAAAGACUGGACUCUUUUUUUUUCUUUUCUUUUUCGGCACCGGUGAUUUCUACUCGUAUUCAGCAUUAUACAUUCUAUUUCUCAUUCAUUCUCCUUCCUACGAGCAUCGCCAUUUUUGAUUUGUGUACUCUUGUAUCUGAUGGAUGGUCCAGGUGAAUAGAGCAUUUUCUCAUAGUUUUCCAUACUCGAGUACACUGGUUAUAAUUAUCAAUCUCCUCUAUUCCCUUGCUUAGAUAGUCGUAUUCGAUUUAUGAUAAGUCUGCAUCCGUGCUUGGCACUAGUGUGAUAGCCAGGGUGGAUGAUUUUUCAUGAUGGCGUUAGUGAUGAGAAGGUUAUCGGAGUUUGGGGAGCGCCCCGUGACCGGAUCAGCACUGGAUUUUUUUUGUUUUCCUUCUGCUGAAUGCCAGAUGGCGGUAGGGAGUGGCGGUACCCUAAGUUCUAGAGGGUUCUUCCUCUGUUCCGAAUUGGGACUCGGCCAAUGCAAACUUUUGGGUGAAUUUUUUUUCCCGUAACCGACAAGUGCUGUACACAUAAGGACCUCGUCACUUCUGCCCCUCCAUCUCUUUCAGACUCCUCCUCAUCCUCAUCUCACCUCCUCCCCACCUCAACAAAUCACAAUAACAACCUCCUCCCACCCUUCGCUCUCUUUACACUUAUAGUAGCAUUCGGCUUUGCUCUUCCUGAAUAGGAUUUAAUUGCAUUUCCUUUUCUUUCAGCAUGGUUCUUCCAAGAGUCGUCCGCGCAGUAAGUUUUUUUCUCCGUUCCGCCAGUCCGCAAAUUUUUUUUCUUUUUCUCCCGACGGCAAGGCGUAUGAAGGUUUGAAACUGAUGUUCUUGUUUUUCUCAUAUAGAUACCCCGAACAACCGCUGCAUUGAGGUCUACACUUCUGCGGAAUGCCGUCAGGCCACCCAUAUCCGCAUUUGCAAGGUUUAAUUCCUCAGCUCCGGAGGGAAAAGUUCAGGGGCAGGUUAUCGGUAUAGAUUUGGGUAUGUUUGUAUCCGCAGUUCCGCUCCAAUGUACCCGGGGAUUGGGAAAUUGUUUGCUAAUCAUGCCCUAAUAUCAGGCACGACAAAUUCUGCUGUAGCUCUGAUGGAGGGGAAAACUCCUAGGGUAAUUGAGAACGCUGAGGGUGUGUUCCCGAUGCCCAGAAGAAUAUUCGUUGCGUGGUGAAUUGACCGAGUUGUAUUCCAGGUGCACGAACAACCCCCUCAACCGUUGCCUUCACUGCGGAUGGUGAGCGAUUGGUCGGUAUUGCCGCCAAACGCCAGGCCGUGGUUAAUCCUGAAAACACCCUCUUCGCCACAAAGCGAUUGAUCGGAAGAAAGUUCACCGACCCCGAGGUUCAGAAGGAUAUUUCUCAGGUUCCAUUCAAGAUUGUUCAGCACACCAAUGGUGAUGCCUGGGUUCAGGCCCGUGGUCAGAAGUAUUCUCCUUCCCAGGUUGGGGGCUUCGUUUUGCAAAAGAUGAAGGAGACUGCCGAGGCAUAUCUUAGCAAGCCCAUCAGGAACGCUGUCGUAACGGUCCCCGCCUACUUCAACGAUUCCCAACGUCAGGCCACCAAGGACGCUGGACAGAUUGCUGGUUUGAAUGUCUUGCGUGUUGUCAACGAGCCCACCGCCGCCGCUCUGGCCUAUGGUCUUGACAAGGACCAGGAUCGUGUCGUCGCUGUCUUCGAUCUUGGCGGUGGUACUUUCGAUAUCUCCAUCCUGGAGAUCCAGAAGGGAGUCUUUGAGGUCAAGUCCACCAAUGGCGAUACCCAUCUUGGCGGUGAGGACUUUGAUAUUGCGCUUGUCCGUCACUUGGUCUCGCACUUUAAGGGACAAACCGGUAUCGAUCUCUCUAGCGAUCGUAUGGCUAUUCAGAGGAUUCGUGAGGCUGCCGAGAAGGCUAAGAUGGAGCUUUCUUCCGCUCUUCAGACCGAUGUCAACCUUCCUUUCAUUACUGCUGAUGCUUCUGGGCCUAAGCACAUUAAUACGAAAAUGACGAGGGCGCAAUUCGAGUCCCUCGUCAAACCUUUGGUUGAUAGGACUAUUGAUCCUUGCCGCAAAGCCAUAAAGGAUGCCGCACUUAAAUCGACCGAUAUCCAAGAAGUCAUCCUCGUUGGUGGCAUGACCCGUAUGCCAAAGGUUGCUGAGACCGUUAAGAGCAUCUUCGGGCGUGACCCUGCAAAGGCUGUUAAUCCGGAUGAAGCUGUAUCCAUUGGCGCUGCCAUUCAGGGUGCUGUUCUUUCUGGUGAGGUUAUGGACGUUCUUCUACUCGAUGUUACUCCCUUGUCUCUCGGUAUUGAGACUCUCGGUGGUGUCUUCACGCGUUUGAUCAACCGCAACACCACCAUCCCCACCAAGAAGAGCCAGGGUAAGAAAAGGUCACUUCUUAUUACUAUUAUUUUACUAAUAUUAUCUUAGUUUUCUCCACUGCUGCCGAUUUCCAGACGGCCGUCGAGAUCAAAGUCUACCAGGGUGAGCGUGAGCUCGUUCGUGAUAACAAGCUCCUUGGUAACUUCCAACUUGUUGGCAUUCCUCCGGCCCACCGUGGUGUUCCUCAGAUCGAGGUCACCUUCGACAUUGAUGCCGAUUCCAUUGUCCAUGUUUCUGCCCAUGACAAGGCCACCGGCAAGGACCAGGGUAUCACUAUUGCCUCUGGAUCCGGUCUCAGUAAAUCUGAGAUCAGUUCCAUGAUAGAUGAUGCCGAGAAGUACCAGGAGGCCGACAAAGAGCGCAGGAGCACCAUUGAGAAUGCCAACCGUGCUGACUCUGUUGUUAGUGAUACUGAGGCCGCUCUGAAGGAAUACGAGAAGAAACUUGACAAAACUGAGGCCGAUGCCAUCCGGGAGAAAAUCAUGACCCUCCGUACAACCGUUACUAAGGUUCAGGCGGGAGACAGUUCAAUCACGGCUGAUCAUUUGAAAGAACAAACUGAUGCUCUUCAGACCGCAUCCUUGACUCUGUUUGACAAGAUGCAUCGUGCCCGCAAUGAAGCAUCUAACGAAUCCCAGGGCCCUGAUUCCUCGUCUGGCUCCGAUUCCUCGCCUGGCCCUGAUUUCCCGUCUGGCCCCGAGGGCGGCGAGAAGAAAGAGUAAGGUGAUGAACGAUGUGGUAUUCGGAAUUCGAUAAUUAUGGAAUACAAAAGUUAAAAAUCACGGGGUAUAAUGGAGAUUCCGGAAGGGUGUUGAUUCGCGUUUUUCCCGGGGGGGGGGGUUUCACAAAAAACUUGAGUGAUGUUUAUUUUGUCCUGAAACUAGAUCUGUGCUUCACUUUUUUUUUCUUCCACAUGUCUUAAGUUCAUCCGAACUUUUCGCUCACCUUCUUGUAUUUUCUUUUUUCCUUUAUUCCCUUAUCUUGUUACUCUCAUCGCUUUCAUGGUCGGUUGCUCAAAAAAUUUCCCCUUCCUCUUCACUCCCUCCUGGUCAGUUUUCUUUUGUCUUCUAAAAUUUCUACCAUACUCCUUCUCAAAGCCAUUGGGCGGAAGGUACGUCUGUAUUAAGAAAAACUAUCUCCGCUCUGUAAUACUACAACUGGAUGUUUACACCACUUCG